AGGUCCUUAAGGAGGUGAACAAUGAUGAAAUUCAAGCCUCGUCCGUCAUCUCUACAUACACGUCUGGAGAAACUAAACGACACUAGACCCGCGGGUUGAAGCGAUGGAAUUCGCGAGACCGGCCACGGCUUGAACACUCCUAACCCUUGCUUCCUAGACAUCCCUCCUGGUGUCUCCCAAACAGGAAACUCCGGCCGGAUCGAACCUCGAUCUUCACAAGCUGCCCCGUGAGGGGCAACAACAGUCGGCGCUACCACGUCGGCCUCUAGCCCAGUAUCACGACCUCUGAACUUGUAUAUUAAGGGCUUUCAGCUCUUAUUAGCCGCCAAGAUGGGCACCUCCCGUCGCUGCGGGAUAUCUUGACGUCACUCUGAACCUCUACACUGCCAUCGCCGCAAUCAUCUGACCUCUAGUAGCUUAAGCUACUAACUCGCAUAACAUGGCCGACAGCGACAGCGUCUUCAAUAUCUCUAUUGUUGGCUAUGGACUCUCAGCCAAGGUCUUCCAUAUUCCUUUCGUGCUCGCAACAAAAGGAUUGCGGUUGCACUCCAUUGUCCAGAGAAAGCCCUCGGAAGGCAACUCCGCGCCCAGCGACCACCCGGAGGCCAAGCAUUACACCUCGUUUGACCAGGCCCUACAAGAUUCGGAUAUCGACAUCAUAGUCCUGUCCACCCCGCCGAACACCCACUUCGACCAGACCAAGCGAGCCAUCGAAGCUGGAAAGCACGUCCUCACCGAGAAACCAUUCGUCCCGACCUCAGCGGAAGCAGAGGAGCUGGUCAGACUGGCAAAAGAGAAGGGCAAGCUGCUAUGCGUCUACCAGAACAGGCGCUGGGACGCCGACUUCCUGACCGUACAACACCUCUUGCAGGAGGGUAAACUCGGCCGAAUCUACGAGUUUGAAACUCACUUCGACCGCUACAGGCCCGACGGCCCAAGAUCGUGGAAAAGCACACUGACUAUGGCCGACGGUAACGGCCCCAUCUUUGAUCUGGGCACCCACCUGCUCGAUCAGGUCUUCGUACUCUUCGGCAAGCCGACUGCAGCCUACGGCAAGUUCAUGAACCAGCGCGAGGGCAGGCUCGUCUCCGGAGCCAAUGGCCCAGAAGAUGAGCCUGACAGUAUCCACGCCACCCUCACCUAUGCCGACAAGGGCUUGCUCGUGCACAUGCGAAUAGGGGUGCUCAGCGCCGAAAGCAAGCAGCCGCGGUUCUGGGUGCGCGGCUCCAAGGGCAGCUACCACAAGACAGGACUUGAUCCUCAAGAGCCUCAGCUCAUCGGCGGCAUGAAGAUCAGCGACAAGGGCUUCGGCGUCGAUGGUGCUGCGUACAAUGGUACCAUCGACAUGGUCCAGGAGGACGGCUCGGUCCAAGAUUACACCUUCCCUAACAUCGAACCUCAGACGUAUCUGAGGUUUUACGAGCUUCUGGCAGCCGCUCUGGCAUCUGGGAAGCAGGAAGAUCUACCUGUCCCAGCCCAGGAGGCGGCAGAAGUGCUGAAGAUUGUAGAGGCCAUCAAGGAAAGUGCCCGCUCUGGGAAAGAGAUCCCCGUGGCUUGAAAGUCACUGCUGGAACUCCUUGGAAGAAGGACCGGAUGGCCUUGAAUGUAUGCUCACCUAUGCAAAUGUGCAAGAGGUUGACUUGGUUCACAUAUCUGCAGCCCUGGAAUGCUUGUAGACUGGUUUUGAUAGGGGGUGGCACUACUCAAAUGGAAAGCCGGUCGCCACCGACCUGAGAUUGUGAGGACCGGAAAUGCUGCACAAGUCCGAAGGCUUUCUUUCUUAGCAUAUCAUAAACAUGACGAGAGGACGCCAUGAGGGUGACUGAUUAAACGCUAACUUAGAAGCUUGAGUUGCAGGCAGUAACAUCAUGUGGCUCUCUAUUAAAUUCAUAUAAAGUUAAAUCCUUUUAGCUAUAUAGUAGGGAUAUAAUAAUAAAUAUAUAAUAAAG